AUGGUCCAUGAUGGACCCCGACCCAAUACAGUGGGUUUCCGGCCCACUUGCAAGUGUUCUUCCAUUGAUGAUAUUAGCGAUGAUUGUUUGGCUUGCGUUUUCCGGUUACUUGGCACCGCCGAUCGUAAUAGUUGUUCCCUUGUAAGUCGCCGCUGGUUCAAAAUCGAUGGACGCACCCGUCACUCUCUCUCCCUCACCGCAGAAUCUCAUCUCUCUCCCUUCGUCCCCUCUCUUUUCACCCGCUUCAAUUCCGUCACCCAACUCACUCUCAAAUGUCAUAGCUACCAAGUCAAGAGCAUCAGAGCCAAUACUCUCAUCCAUAUCUCCCAACUCUGCCGGAAUCUCACGCUCCUCGAAAUCCACGCCUCCUGCUAUCUCACCGACGUAGGCCUCGAACGCCUGGCUAUGAAUUGUAAGGGUUUGAAGAGGUUCUCCUUCGGAUCCUGCUCUUUCGGAUCCCGAGGUAUGGAGGCAUUCAUGCAUCAUUGCAAGGCUCUGGAAGAACUCUCCCUGGAUGGUUUGCAUGGAGCAAACGACGGGACUGUUGCAGCGUCAACGCUGAAACUGAAAGCCGUUUCUCUGAAGGACACCGUUCUUUUUUAUCCUUUUCUCGGCGCCAAGAAUCUGCGAGUCUUGAAGCUUCUUCGGUGCCCCGGGGAGUGGGAUAGGCUUUUCCAUUUGUUGGUGAACGAGGCUACUGGCAUAGUGGAACUCCAUCUCGUCUUGCUCGAAAUUAGCGAUGUAGGUUUGGAAGCGGUUGCAAAAUGUUCGAAUUUAGAAGUUCUGCAUCUGGUGAAGACACCUAAGUGCACGGACGCAGGACUGGUUGCAGUUGCGAAGGGGUGCAACAAGAGUUUAAGAAAACUUCAUGUUGGGUGGGAGCUCCAGAAAAUAGGUAACAGAGGUUUGACAGCGGUUGCUGAGUAUUGUGUUAACCUUCAGCAAUUGGUUUUGAUUGGUAUGAAUCUGAGCAGAGAGUGUUUUGAAAUGUUGGUUUCGAAUUGCGAGGGUUUAGAGCAAUUGGGGUUGUGUGGAAGCGAAAUGGUUAGUAACAUUGAGAUGAGCUGCAUUGCAGCGAAAUGUAGAGCUCUGAGAGAACUGUACAUCGAGGGUUGCCCUAUUUCUGAUGGUGGGUUGUUGGUGGUGUUUGGGUGUCCGAAAUUAGAGAGAGUGAAGGUUUGGAAGUGUGAAGGGGUGGAUUCCAGGGAAGAGUACGUACAGUGUGGGGAGCGAUCAGUGUAUGUAUGUUGCGACUUCCAAUAUUUGCAGAUUUCCAGCCCUAUAAUACCUGAUCCAUUUAAGGAAGGUACUGAAACAAGACCUUCUUUUAUGGGUUACCAAGGAACAAGGUUCAGGAAUAAUGUCUCAAAUGGAGAUCUUGGACCUCAGUUGAUGUGGAUUAAUCUUCAGUAG